GAAGAAUAAAAAUGUUUACCAAAUGUUAUCGAAAAAAAUUAAACUCGAGAUAUUUGUCUCAAUGGAAGAGUAAUUUCUGUGGAGGAGUGAGUGGAGUUAUCAAUUAGCCAGCAAAAUUCUGUGUCAAAUUUACGAAAAUAACGACUCCCUCUAUCCUUUUCGUUUUUUAACAAUAUUCGUGGUGUUUCAUCUAAUCAAACCCUCAGACAAAGCGAAUUAUUCUUCAAUCUACAAUGGUCCUCUCAUUAACAGUUACUUCCAAAGACUGGGAGACGGAGAAUCCUAUUCUGUGUACAAUCCGAAUUUUCCUGGUGACUAUGAAGGAGUGAAUAACUGCCAGUGGAUCACGAGGAGCGAUCGAGUCAUGAAUGUCAACUGUUCAGUGAACAUGCCAGCAAGUUUGGACUGUAACCAGCAUUCACUCAUAAUCCAGGGAUUAUUUAUCGAGCCUCGAAAUUAUUGCGGUGUCAAUAAAGUUCUUCUGGAUGCAUAUGGUGAAGUCACAAUUAAACUGAUUACACCUGAUGUGCCGGACGGUGGGACAUUCGAGUGCGAUAUUAAAACGAACAAAGAUGAAGACUACGAAGAGGACGAAGAGGAAACGUGUAACUGUGGCUGGAAGAAUUCGGAGAAAAUUGUUGGUGGGACAAACACUGAAGUGAAUGAAUAUCCCAUGAUGGCUGGUCUCAUCGAUCUCUCAGUCAGAUAUGUUUACUGUGGUGCUACCAUCAUCAACCACCGUCAAGUGAUCACUGCAGCUUCCUGCCUAGACGGUAGAGACUUGCAAUUGUUGGCUGUUCUGGUAGGAGACCACGACCUGGUAGCAAGCAGUGACACCAAUGCCUCAAAAGUAUUCCAAGUUGAGUCCUCCCAGAUUCAUCCAUAUUAUUUCGGAGGGUACAAUGACAUCGCAAUAAUCACACUGUCAGGAACAAUUGAAUUCAAUAAACAAGUGGGACCUGUUUGUCUGCCAUUCCAACUCACGCACGACAGUUUUGCAGGGCAAUUUGUAGAUAUUUUAGGCUGGGGAGAUCUUGAGUUCGCAGGGACAAAAGCUACUACCUUGCAGAAAAUAGAAGUCAGUGUCCUUACUAAUUACGAAUGUGGGAAGACUUCGACCAUUCAGGAGUUCCAAAUUUGUACGUUCACCGAAGGGAAAGACGCUUGUCAGUUUGAUGCUGGUGGACCUGUACUGUGGAGAAAUCACGUAACCAAACGCUUGGUACUCGCUGGUAUAAUAAGCUAUGGUACUGGCUGUGCCUCUAACAAUAAUCCAGGUAUAAAUACCAGAAUUGGAGCCUACAUGGAGUGGAUAUUAUCAGUCUCAUCCCCAGACGUGAAAUAUUGUAUAGAAGAGUAAGUGAUGGAAUAUUCUAUUAAUACGGACUGAAACUCAAGUCAUCACUUGAAGCUUUCGAAGAAUAGUUCAUUUAAUUAAUAAUGUUAUGUUAAAAUCAAUUCCAAGAUAAACAUAAUUCCGCACAACAUCGAAAAUUCGUAUAAAUCGGUAUUACUUCAAUUUCCUCCCCUGUACCAGAAUAAAAGCAAUUCCACGUUUCUUUCAA